CCGCUCAGUUUGCAUCUGACCAGUGUGAGUAUCGUAUUAUAUCUUUGUCACCGUAACCUUCAUACCGUUUUAUGCUUCAUUUUUUAAUAAGAUAAUUAUAACGUUAUUUUAUAGUGAAAAUAAAAUACAUGUAUACAUUAAUAAAUAUAAUAAUUUAGUGCUAUAUCAACUGUGUUAUAUAUUAAUUCAUUUUAAUUAGGUUCUGUGAUUAAGUUUAAAGCAAUAAAUUUUUUACCUAAGAAAAAGUGAGGAAAAUCCAAAAAAAAAAUUAUUUCUGGUUACUGGAGAGUGUUUAAGACUAAUGAACACAAUUAAAAUUGGAAAACAUCUAGUUGGACCAUGAAAACUACAGUACAUCUUACGAUCGAAGUAACGAGAUAGCGCCGUGAUUUCGGCGUGUUCAACUCAGCGCUAGGAGCAAUAGGGUGGUCAAGUAAGGCUGAAAAGGAAAUCUCGACAGAACUCAGUGAUUAUACAUAUGCAAAUAAAUCAACAAGAUAUGAAUUCGAAAAUUACUCGUUUGAAAAUUCUUCAAGAUUUUUGGGCAAUUAGAAUAAUCAAAAAACAUAUAGUAAAAUUAAUUUGCAACAAAAAAUAUUUCUUUGAAUAUGAUUUGAAGUGACAAAUGUAUAAAUUUAGUAUACAAAUUUUUUUACAAUUAUAUUUUACUCUAAUUAAGUUGCUCGUGGUUCCGUAUCAUUUUUUAUAUUUUAAACGGUUUAUUAUAAGAGUCGUCGAUUUAAAAUCUUUUAUGAUUUUUUCAUAUAUGGUAUGAGGACUAGAGUGAUUUCGAAGUAGCAACCGGUAUCAUUGAUAUAUAUACCGGAACAGUGCCGCGAAGUGAGGCGGUGGUGGUAGUUAAGCGGUGGACAUGAUUAUUUCAAAGGAUUUGUUCCUUCUUGGCGAUCAAGAUUAUCUUCGCCUGCCGAGCAACGAAAAGCGCCAACAGCGGGCAAUGGGACGCCCGAUUAUUAAUCCUACCAGAGUGGAAACUUCGGCGCUGCAACUGGUGUACCCCCUGGAUUCGCGUCCAGUGCAACUAGUCUUCCGAGGACUGCAGGUGUUCAAAGAGAAGCGCGCCCUCCUUCGCGAUAUAUCCGGGGUGGUUAAACCAGGCGAGCUUUUGGCUGUGAUGGGACCCUCAGGAUGUGGGAAAACAACAUUAUUAAAUUGUUUGUCAGGACGAGUAGACCUAGAUAGUGGAGAAAUUUGGUUGAAUCGAGAAAGAUUAACAAAAAGAUGGCGCCGUCGAAUUUGUUAUGUUCAACAACAAGACGUUUUCUUUCCCGAUCUUACUUUACGCAAAACACUGGAGUAUCAGGCACGAUUGAGGCUUCCGGAUACACUUUUGCACUCCCAGAAAAUGCAGUGCGUAGAUCACAUCAUUGAGGUUCUUGAUCUCACUGGCUGCCAAGAUACGAUUAUUGGAGACUACACAAAACGAGGUCUUUCCGGAGGAGAAAAAAAGAGAACUAGUAUAGCUUGCGAGUUACUCACAAAUCCAUCAUUAAUGUUGCUCGAUGAACCAACAAGCGGUUUGGAUUCACACUCUGCCCAAGCCUUAAUUUCAAGACUGAAAAAAUAUGCUGAACAAGAAGGCAAAAGUAUAGUGGUAACCGUACAUCAGCCAAGCUCUAGGAUGUUUCAUAGUUUCAGCAAACUUUUAUUGCUCAGUCGUGGGCAAGUUGCAUAUUAUGGUUCUACAACAAACAUUGGAAGAUUUUUUGCCACUAUCGGACUAACUUUACUUCCUCAUUACAAUCCUGCUGAUUUCAUACUGGAACAAAUAAAGGGGCCGGAAGAAGUGAGAGAACGUAUCAUCGCAGCGGCCAAAGCAGCAAGACAGGGAUCAGACUGCCCACUAGAACUUCGUGCUGACUAUAAUCCCAGUCGAUAUCCGCUAUGUGACCAUUUUAUCCACUACCACGAACACCAUAUAACCCACAACGUGAAAGAAGAUGAAGGCCGUACAUUAUGGCUGGAUACACAAAGUCACGCUAGCAGUAGUGCUAGUUCAGCAGAUGAAGAUUAUUCUUGGCAAUGGCCGACAAGUUUUUGGUCUCAAUUCAAAGUUUUAUCCGAAAGAAAUUUUCAAGAAGCUCGACCACGAAUGUUAUCGAGAUUAAAUUGGCUCCAAACAAUUGCUCUAGGCAUUUUAGCUGGGCUUCUUUGGCUUCGAUUACCUAGAACUGAAGCAGCCCUCCAUGAUAUUCAAGGAUGGAUGUUUUUUAGUACCACAUACUGGAUGCUGUUUGCACAUUUUGGUGCUCUUUCUAGCUUUCCUCCUGAGCGUGAAGUUAUAAAUAAAGAGCGUAUGUCAGGAUCGUACCGACUGUCAGCUUAUUAUUUAGCCAAAAUGGUUGGCGAACUACCACUAACGAUAACUCUUCCGGCAGUAUAUCAUAUAAUUAGUUAUCCAAUGUUAGGAUUUCACAGUCCAGCAGUUUUUAUGACAUUACUUGCCUUUUUACUUCUGAACACUGUAGUGGCACAGAGUGUUGGUUUUUUUGUUGGGGCUUGUUGUUUGGAUCUACAAGUAAGCAUCACAGCUUCAGCACUCUACACUCUCGCUACACAAUUAUUAGGAGGUUACUUAGCGACUUCUGUACCACCCUGGCUUGCCUGGGCACGUUAUACUAGCAUGGUACAUUAUGCUUACCAAAAUAUGCAAAUAUUAGAAUUUGGAGUUGGCGAUCCUAUAGCAUGCUCGCAACCAAGUAAAUUCCCAGAGUGCAAAAAUGGAACAACGAUUCCCGUGUCAGCAAUACUUGAAAACCAGGGUGGUCAAAAAGGAUCCAGUUUACCUUUAUGGGCUAACACCGUUAUUCUUUUAGCAUUCUUGGUGGUGUUUCGAACGCUUGGAUAUCUAGUUCUUCGUUACUACCGGAUACCUAAGUAAUUAUUCAACUUAUUGGCCAUAUCGUAUGCAGUUCUCUACUUCAUUCUUCAUAGAACUUCGAUUAAAUAUAAAUACUAAUUUUCUGUUAUUGAUAUUAGCUAACUCGGAAAUGGAAAUACUGCGAAUUGUUACUUUUUUCGACUUUCGUUUAUAUUUUUAUUAUCGGAUAGGAAUCAUUAUUACAUUAGGUUAGAAAAUUGUGAACGAGAUCAAACAUUAAUUGGAACCUAUCAUGAGGUUGAUUAACGUAUAGAUUGAGGCGAGUUCUAAUUGCUGUUUUUUUUAUUAUAAUUAUUAUUAUUAUAAUUAUUAUUAUUAUUAUUAUUAUCAUUUUUAUUAUUAUUAUUAUUAUUAUUAUUAUUAUUAUUAUUAUUAUUAUUAUUAUUAUUAUUAUUAUUAUUAUUAUUAUUAUUAUUAUUAUUAUUAUUAUUAUUAUUAUUAUUAUUAUUAUUAUUAUUAUUAUUAUUUAUUUAAAUAUACCUUACCUUUGUUUUGUAAUCUCACGAGUUCACGUUACCGAUGAUAAAGUAAGUAGUUUUGAAUUGUUUUGUUACAAAAACUAAAAUGAAAAAAAGAAAAACAUAUGAAUAUUACUGUUGUAAAUUAAUUUUUUUCUAUUUUGUGUGAAUUGCGAAUUUUCGGUUCUAAUACGUACAUGCUAUUAAAUAUAGUAAUAGCUGAAUUACUUUUCUAUAAGCUCGAUUGUAUUUAGAAAUACAAAAUUAAAAGUACGAUUAAAGUGCAUUCAUGAAGAAGACUAUGAUUUCUGUAGGUAUUUCAUGCAGAAAAUAUAAGCGUGGAAAAGUGGAAACAAAUGCAUAGCUGGAUAUAAUAAAUAGAUUGAGUGUAUUUAUACACAUACGAUAAUUAUAUCGCAAACAGCGUAAUCUAUCAUAGCUGCAUCAUUAAUCGAAUAGAUAGUUAUGUUAAACUAGGAAAGAAAUUGAACGAAUUAAUAUAUGAUAACAUAGGAAACCAAUAUAAGCGGAAGGAGAUAACUGUGAUUCCAUUUAUAAGGGAACGUUAAUUUAAUUAACAUAAUUUUACACUUCAAAACUGUUUGUCCAAAAACAUUUGAUUAUAUAUAUUUUUUUUAAAGUACAUGAAUAAGAUAAUAGUUAAUUCUAUUGACAUCUUACAAUUAUAUGCGUUUCAAUAUUCAUUAAUUCUAAAAACUAUUGAUUGACGUAAAGAUCGGCUGGUUGCUUGGAGUACUUACAAUCAAAAUCAUUAAAUUGUUCUAAAACAAAAUUCUAAGCAGAAAAACAAAGAUGUAAUGUUAUGGUACAUCAAUGCGCUUAGAAGAACUCAAAGUAACAAGCCGAUUUUGCCAUGAAUUUGUUCAGAUCCAAAAUAAGAACAGAUGUGAUUUAAAACUUCAAAUCUAUGAAGAGUGAAUUAAAAAACAAGUACAAUAAUAUCCUAAAGAAUUUAUAAAUAUUUAAAAUUCAAUUGAUAUCAAAUCUAUUAAUGACGCCAAAUUUUGAAGGAUACUUACAUGUAUUUGUUUUCUUAUUAAUUAGGGUAUUAGAAAAAUUUGUAUAAACUUUUUGAUGCAUUCACAAAUAACUAACUCUUAAAUUUAUAAUAAAAAUUGACUGAUAACUUUGUAUAAAUGAUUUAAAAAGUAUACAAUAAUGUCUACGUAUUCGUUUUUGACAUUUGAAAUCGUUUUAUAUUUAAAACAAAUGGUUUUCUAAUUUUAUAUCUUAAAAGUUAGGUAAUAAAUUAUAUCAUCUGUAAUUACUGUUACGACCAUUAUCAUCAUCUCAAAAUCAUUAUUAUAUCAAUUAUUAUUAAUCAUAAUAGAGGUACUUUUUUCAAUUAUGUAUCCAAAAAAUGAUAUGUAUAAAAUCAAAAGUAAAUAAAGAAUUUUUUAGUUACUUGAUAAAUAAUAUGAAACUUAUUUUUAGCAUUCGACUGAAACAGACUUACUGAAAAAAAAUAAUACUUUUAUAGAUUCAACUAGUAACUAUUCAAAAUAUAAUAACGAUGAUCGAAAAACAAAAAUCUGUAACGAAAUAAUUAAAAAGCAAAAAUAUUGUAAACUAAUGGAUUAAUCAUAUGUAAUAUUAUUAUAAUUUCAAUCAGAAAAUAUAAAUAAAACAGAAGCUCUAUCAUGAAUAAUUUUGCAUACUACUAAUGCAAAGAUUUGGCUAUGCUCCAUUACCGAAUAUCCAUUUGACUUUUUUGUUACGAUUAAAGUUAAAAUAUAAUUGUUGAAAACUGAUAUAUAGUUAAGACUGAUAAAAAAGAUACGAUGUCAUGAUUGAUGUAUUUAUUAAGUAAGUAAAAGUAGCUAAAACAAUUCAAAGUCAAAUUAUAAUUAUAAAAUAAUUGACGUGCUUGUAAAUUAAUGAAUAUUAUAAAACCCACGGUCAAGAAUUCCGAUCGAACCCACUUGAGAACAACGUAACAUCGAUCAUUUUCCGAUUCAAUCUAAAUUACUUCGAUCGGAAUUUCUAACCUAGGAAGACCGAAAAAGGUGUAAACUUUUUGCUGUAUGACUGAAAAUAAUAAUACUGAAAAAUAAUGUAUAAUGCAACUAAUGAAUUGAGUAAUAAACAAUCUCGUCACAAAACAUA